GUUUGGGUCACUGAUUGGGUUAGCUGAGGGAUGCCCUUUUUCCUCCAUGGCCAUGCCACAGCUUCCCAACCCCCCUGUGGAAGCCUUAGGUGUCACACCCGGCUGCUGGCACAUCUCAUCUGUGAGACUGAAGCAGAACUGGGCAGAUGGGCACCUGCCUGAUGGGGAGCGGCCUGGCUCUGCUGUCUGUGCCACAAUGUGUGGGGAGGGCAGGUGGUUGACCUUCAGCCUGCGCAGUGCCAGCCAUCGAGCAGGACACUGACGAGUUUCUGCUUGCAAAAGGACCUGUGGGAGCCGGCCCAUGGCUUAUGGCUUGGGCAUGUCACGCGUUGUGGGUGGCACCGAUGCCCUGCCGGGGGCCUGGCCGUGGAUCGUCAGCAUCCAAGAUCCAGAGAGAGCAGGCUCGGGCCAUGUCUGUGGAGGGUCCCUCAUCAGCUCCCAGUGGGUCCUCACAGCUGCCCACUGCUUCAUCAGGGCCAGGAACAUCAGCAAGUGGCGUGUGGUGGCUGGGGCCACCGACUUGUCACAGCUGGGAGACGAGGCCCAGGUGAGUGGCGUGAAGCAGCUGCUGGUGCACCGGGGCUACAGCAGUGCCACCCACAGCAGUGACAUUGCCCUGCUGGAGCUGAGCCAGCCCCUCAGGUGCGGGGACUACAUCCAGCCAGCCUGCCUGCCCCGUGGCUCGCUGAGGAUGCCCAAGCUCACCAACUGCUAUGUCAGCGGCUGGGGUGCCACCGCUGCUGAAGCUGGGCAGCCAAGUGAUGUGCUCCAGGAGGCCAAGGUCCACCUCAUCAACCUCAAGCUCUGCAACAGCAGCCGCUGGUACAAUGGGGCCGUCCACAGCCACAACCUUUGUGCUGGCUACCCACAGGGUGGCAUCGACACCUGCCAGGGUGACAGUGGGGGUCCUCUUGCAUGCCAGGACAAGAACUCUGACUACUUCUGGCUGGUUGGAGUAACCAGCUGGGGCAAAGGCUGUGCCAGAGCCAGGCAGCCUGGAGUCUACACCUCCACCCAGCACUUCUACAACUGGAUCUUGGUUCAGAUGGGACUGUCCCCAGCAGUGAGAGCAACUCCAGCACCACAAACAACUUCCUCCUCUGCCCCUAGUCGGACACCAGGGGCCGUGCCAGCUGAGUCAAACACCCUCAAGUCCUGUCCACUUUCACAGCAGAAGCUGGUGAAAUUCUUUAGUCUUGUACAGGAGCUGCUGCAGUAUGUCUGGGGCAGGAAGGCUGCAGCAGCAGGAUGAGCAGGAUCCAAGCCGCCCUGUCCCACCGCCGUGUCCCCCUGGGACAAUGCCUUGCUGACCCACAGGCCACCUCAAUGCCCAAGGCCUGCUCUGUCCUGCCCACCCUCCUCCUGGGCAUGCCCAUGCACAUGCUGAUGGUGGGUUUUGGUCUUGAAUGAAGUCGUCAGUUUUCACAGCUAACCUUGCUUUGGGUCAGGGCUGUGUCCUGCAUGAGGCUUCUCUGCCCCACACCUGCCAGGUGAAUCACAGACUGGUAUGGCUUGAAAGGAACCUCUGGAGAUCAUUAAGUCCAGCCCCCUGCCCCGGCAAGGUGAGCUGCAGAAGGUCACAGGGAAAGGUUUGUGGGUGUUUUGAAUGCCGCCGGAGAUGGAGACUCCACAACCUCUCUGGGCAGCCUGGUCCGGGGUUUUGUCACCUUUUGAGAAGUUCCUCCUCGUGUUUAGAUGGAGCAGGGUAUGCUUAGAUUAGACACCAGGAGGAAGUUCUUCAGUAUGAGGGUGGUGGGACCUGGAACAGGUUGCCCAGCGAUGUGGCUGAGUCGCCAUCACUGAAGCCGUUCAAGAUGAGAUUUAAUGGGUCCCUAGGCAGCCUGCUCUAGUUGGAGGUGCCCCUGCUGACUGCGGAGGGUUGGCCAGGAUGACC